AUGGCCCUGAUCAAGUGCAUCCUGCGCUAUGUGAAGGGCACGCUCUCCUCCGAGCUUCACAUCGGCAUCGGCCCUAUUCAACCUCUGACUGCCUACUCCGAUGCCAACUGGGCUGGCUGCCCGGACUCUAGACACUCCACAUUCGGCUUCUGCGUCUACCUCGGCGACAAUCUUGUGUCUUCAUCCUGCAAGCACCAGACCAUGGUGUCUCGUUCCAGUGUUGAGGUGGAGUACCGACAUGUGGCUCAUGAUGUGGCAGAGUGUUGCUGGUUGCGUCAACUUCAUCAAGAGCUUCAUGUCCCGCUUGCUUCGGCCACUAUUGUCUACUGUGACAAUGUGAGUGCUGUUUACAUGACAGCCAACCCGGUGCAUCAUCGGUGCAUGAAGCAUAUCAAGAUUGAUGUUCACUUUGUCCGUGAGAAGGUGGCCUUGGGUGAGGUCUGA